AUGGCGAUGAUGAUGGCUGGCCGUGUGCUGCUGGUGUGUGCCCUCUGCGUGCUGUGGUGCGGUGCUGGCGGUGUUUAUGCGAGGGACGGGGAGAACAACGCAUUGGGUGGCUGCAUGGCGUCGGAAGUGUUGGGAGCGUGUUUCUUCCACAUGUCGAGCGGAUGUAAUAAAACGGCGAUUACGGUGCCAUUGCGGUCAACGUUGCCCAUUACUGCCGUUGAAGCUUCGGCUGAAGGAGAGACUCCUGUUGCAGGACUCAACGAUUCGGGUUCAAGUGAAGACUCCAUCGCCGUUGUUCCCGUUACUGUUGGUGUCGCUGGUGCCCCUGCUGGUGCAGCUGCUUCUCCUUCUGGUCCUUCUGGUGGUAGUGACGGUAAAAAUGAGCCUUCAGGGCCUCUCUCUUUGGAUGUUGAUUCUUCAGCUGGCAGCAGUAAUGGUGAGGCGGGAUCCAGAGGCAGUACUUCAUCUAACGCAGUGGGAGAGCCCCCAAGAGAAAAUCCGUCGCCUGAUGUAGCAGCAGCGGCCCACAACCCCCCGCCACCCGGUGGAGUGGCAGGAACGACACCCGGCAAUAAAGUCGAAAAAGAAGAAGAAAAGGAAAAGGAAAAAGAAAAAGAACUGGACGAAGAACAUAAAAGGAAUCAUGGACAAGAAAAUCAGUCCCGGCUUGCAAAUCAAAGUGAAGGAGAAAUUGGACGAGAAGGUGAAAGACUGCACAAAAAAACAAAAGUCCCAAAAGAAGAAAAAGAACAAAUACAAGUUGUCGAACACUCAAUCGAAAACCAGGGUACACUUCAUGAACCAGGAAAAGAACCACAAGAAAUAAAAAGGGAAAAUGAACAAAGUAAGCAUCAAAAUGAAGAACUAAAAGGAGGUCAAGAAAAAGAAAAUCCACUGCAAGCAAUACAGCAAAAUUCAGACGCUGAGGAAGAAAUGAAUAAAAACCGACAACAAGGCCAACGACCGCAAGAAGUAACGGCACCGCUCGCCUCAUCUUCGGGGUCAGAAGCGACGCGAAAGUCACAGUCACCUGUACCACCAGAGGCAUUGCAUAAGAAAGAGCUAACUGACGGUUUAAGAGAGCAGCUGGAAGAAGAAACCCCUUUGGCUGCCACACAGAGUAAAUCCCAUGGAACCACUGACCCACAAUCGUCACCCGCAUCAGCCAUUGCUGGUGAAGCUGCUGUCACUCAUGAUGCAGACGAGGAAAACGCGACGGGUCGCAACGAUGAUGAACCCAUUGAAACGGUAUUUGCAGAUGACCAUCAACAGCAUGAACAUCCCGAAAACAUACAAAAAGAACCCGCGAAAGACAAAAACGCCGUUAUUACAAAUGGCACGGCGACACCUGGCGGCGGUGACGGCAGCACCGCGUUCUCCCACACCACCUCCCCUCUUUUGCUUCUUCUUUUUUUUGCGUGUGCGGCUGCUGCUGCGGUGGUGGCCGCGUGA